GCUCUGCCGAUCGUUGAUCAGAGGUCCAAAUCUGCUCUUUAAACUCAUUCUAAACUACUUUCUGACAUCGUCUCGCUCACAGGGACACCAUGGCUUCCAGCUGUCGACGCCCGGAACACUCAGCCCCUCCAGAUGUGUUCUACAAUGAAGAAGAGGCGAAGAAAUACUCCCAGAACUCUCGGAUGAUUGAGAUCCAGACUCAGAUGUCGGAGAGAGCUGUGGAGCUUCUAAACCUCCCGGAGGGACAGCCCUGCUUCCUGCUGGAUGUUGGGUGUGGAUCUGGUCUCAGUGGAGACUACCUGUCGGAGGAGGGCCACCACUGGGUCGGAGUGGACAUCAGCACGGCUAUGCUGGAUGUUGCUCUGGAUAGAGAGGUGGAGGGAGACCUCAUCGUGGGGGACAUGGGCCAUGGCAUGCCUUUCCGGCCCGGGACAUUUGACGGUUGCAUCAGUAUAUCUGCCCUGCAGUGGCUCUGUAAUGCAGACAAAAGGACACACAGUCCACCCAAACGGCUCUACACCUUCUUCAGUACUCUGUAUUCAUCUCUGUCAAGAGGCUCCCGUGCCGUGUUUCAGCUUUACCCUGAAAACUCAGAACAGCUGGAGCUGAUCACCACACAGGCCAUGAAGGCUGGGUUCAGCGGAGGCAUGGUGGUGGAUUACCCCAACAGCAGCAAAGCCAAAAAGUUUUUCUUGUGUCUAUUUGCUGGAGUAUCGGGCGUCCUUCCCAAAGGACUCGGCUCAGAAACGUCAGAUAAAACUGUUCCAAACCAGGUUCAGUAUUCUGGACAAAGAUGUCGUUUCAAAAACAUGAAGGGGAAAUCUGCCAAGAAGGGACGAGACUGGAUUUUAGAGAAAAAGGAGAGAAGGAGACGACAAGGACGGGAGGUUCGAGACGACACUAAAUACACAGGACGUCAGAGGAGACCUCAUUUCUAGCUGCCGUCUGUCGCGCCCACCCUGCUCAGGAGCCGCGGCGCUGACGGGACUCGGUCAAUUUUCCAAUUCUUUAAUUCAAACUGGAAGAAAAAGAAACGCCUUCCAUUGUCGGGCGUAUUUUUUUUUCAUCCAGUCCAGCGUUUUGCAAGUUUCCUUCUCGCGAACUGUGGCGGCUUUACACUCCCGUGUUCAGCUUGGAAGGAAAAGUGAGCGCAGGCCUGCUGCAGAACAACAUGAAGAGACAUCCAGCAGUGUCACACAACCAAAACAACUUCUCCUCAUUUUUGAGAUGACAGAUUGAGAUAAUUGUAUAAUUUACAAAGUGUUUCUCUAUUAAAGCUUAAC